AUGAAUCAAUCUGACUACUUUUCCACUCAAAACGCUCAGGAUGAUAUGCAAGAAGACAUUUUACCAUUAUCAGACAACGAAUCUGAUGAAUGGCUCGUAUCUGAUUCAUCUAAUCCAGAAGACAUAAAUGAGAUGAUUAAGAUGGAAGAAGUUGAUGUUGAAGAUGAGAUAGUGGAUUCUGACUUACUUCAAACUAGGUUGAAUACCAUCAGAAAGCUAGAAUCGCUCGCGCUCAAUGUCAUUGAACAAAUUCAUAAUGUUAAUACGGGAGAUAUACGACCUAUCUCUUUACCAUUCUUAAAAAGAGGAUCAACAACUACAGGAAAUCAUGUAGCAUUAAAAAACAGAACAAUAACAUUUCCAAAGAAAGUUCAGAAUUCUAAAAGCGGUUCUGGUGCUAAAGAAUUGGCUAUGUUACUUCGAAUUGUGGAAAUCACUCAUGAUGCCAUCAGUAGAAAUGUUACGGUCACCAAACGUGAAAUAUAUUAUCGAGAUGUUAACUUGUUUAAGACGCAAACCCAAGUUGAUCGCUUGGUGGAUGACUUGGCAGCUACUCUUGAAAUCAGUCGUGCUGAGCUUCACACAUUUGCCUCAUCCAAGGGUCUGUUAAGUGGUAAUAUCCAGCUCAAAACCACUGAUGAUCAAAUCAUAUCAGCAAGCAAGAUACCUGCACUGAUUCCAGCUGCAGAAGUCAUAAGUGAGAUCAUCCUUGAAGAAGACGUGCGAUUUGUUUUGGUGGUUGAGAAAGAAGCGGUUUUUACCUCACUUUUGAGUGUUGGUUUCCCGGAUGACCGCCGGUUUGGAAAAUCAGCCUUAAUCACGGGAAAGGGUUACCCAGAUUUAGCAACCCGACAACUUCUUCACCGUUUAUCGACCGAAGAAAAGUCAAAUCAUAUACCAAUAUAUAUACUAGUAGACUGUGAUCCACAUGGGAUUGAUAUUUUAUCGGUCUAUAAAUUUGGAAGUCAUAAGAUGUCAUUCCAAACUGGACUCUCAGUCGAGAAGAUAGAAUGGAUCGGAUUAAAAUGUUCAGAGUGGAAAGAGUUGGAUCUAGAUUCUCAUUCGUUAUUACCAUUGACCAAAUCAGAUCUAUCUAAAGCAGAGCAAUUGAUCUCACGAAAAGGUUUACCACAAUCAUGGUUGAAUGAACUUUCAUCGAUGUUAGAAAUGGGCUUCAAAGCAGAAAUUCAAGCUUUGCUAUCUUUCAAACAAAAAGUUGAAGAUCCUAAUCAUCGUAUUCAUCAGCCAUUUCAAAAAGAUGAUGGAUUGGUUGAAUAUUUGUUAAAAAAAUUGAUUCUUGUUUAG